AUGUCUGUAGUAGCAGGUUUGAAAGGCGAAGCUUCGCAACAAGCUCGAUCGCUGUAUCGUCAAUUAUUGAGACAAGGCGGUCAGUUUGCAGCAUACAAUUUCCGAGAAUAUGCGAAACGUAGGACAAGGGACUCAUUCAGAGAGCACAAGGACGUUCAAGAUGAGAGGAAGGUCCAGGAAUUGAUGCAGAAAGGAUUGAAGGAAUUACAAAGCUGA